AUGGCUCAAACACUGGCAAUGCCUGUGGUGCCCUCUCUUUCUGUAAUAUGCAACGGAUUCAAAAAGACUUCUCUCUCCAACACCAUCUCUCUCCCUAUUUCAAACCCUCCCAAGGUUGGCAGCCUAAGCAUCCGAUGUGCCCGUGUUGGAGGAGUGGAGAUUCCAAAUAGCAAGCGAAUUGAAUACUCUCUUCAGUACAUUCAUGGAAUUGGGCGUGCAAAGUCACGCCAAAUCCUCUCAGAUCUUAGCAUGGAAAACAAAAUCACCAAGGAUUUAUCAGAGGAUGAGCUCAUUACUCUUCGUGAUGAAGUUUCCAAGUACAUGAUUGAAGGAGAUUUGAGGCGGUUUAAUGCCCUCAAUAUAAGGAGGUUGAAGGAGAUUCAGUGCUACAGAGGGAUACGACAUAUUCAGGGUUUGCCAUGCAGGGGGCAGCGCACGAAGAACAAUUGCCGGACCUUGAAGGGGAAGAGAGUUUCUAUUCCAGGAAAGAAGAAAGCUCCUCGUUAA